UUCUAAAAAUUCGACCGUUUAUUUAUAUAGAAUGGCUAGUAGUUCUAAACUUCCCCAAAAUUCAUCAAUUGGAACCGGGGGAAGUACCAGGAAUUUAAUUUGCUAUUGCAACGAAGUUGCCGUUAUACGGACGACAAAAAAUGGGGUAAAUGCUGGCAAGAAGUUCUUUGGGUGUCCGAAUUGGCCUGGUCCAAGUGCAUGCAAAUUUUUUGAGUGGGUAAUGGAAGAAUGUUGCAUUAAAAGGGUCCCUAUUUAUAAUGAUCUAGAAGUAAAAAUUCUGGAGAAGGACAUUGAGAUAGAUGAGUUGGAGAUGAAGAACCGUAAUUUAGAGGAAAAAAUAAAAAAACUGCAUAUGAAGAAAGAAAGUGCGGAAGAAGAAUUGCAAGAGAUAAAGAACGAGCUUUGUCAUACGCGAAUCGAGUUAAUGAAUUGCGCUCGUUCUGAGAAAAUUCUGUCCACGAUGUUGGUGUUCUCGUGGCUAAUGUUUGCUGCGUUAGCCUUGUUAUUGAGGUAGUGUCCAGGAUAAUUAAUCAACUUGUGUAUGGUUGAUCUAAUUCCCUAUUAAGUAACGAAUCAUGUUUUUUAUGGAAGGUUUUAUUUUUAUGAUUAGGAUUGCCAAUGGUAUAAUGUAUUCAAAAGGUCUUGCGCGCACAAGGUGUACAAUAAUUUUAUUGUACACCAAGAUAAC